AUGACAGACUCUGGAUCAAAGUUUAAAAUAAUUAAGUUUUUUAAAAUUUUUGCCCGUACUUUAUUAAUUGCGGCCGUGGUGUUAUUUACCAUAGUCUCUUUCAGAAUAUUUUCACUCAACGUUAAUGUCGGACUUCAACUUGCACACUGGGAAAAGACGAGCAAUGUUUCGCUUGUCAUAAACCACCAUCAGAGAGAAGAAGUUUUGGACAAUUUUAAAGAAGCUAUUUGGAUCCCCACCGUGUCAUUCACAGAGACAGAAAUCAACACCACAGCGCUACUGGAAUUUAACAAACUUAUCCGAAAAGCUUUCCCUACUAUUUUUUCUUCAAAGUUGGUUCAUCAUGAAGUGGUGUCAAACUAUAGCCACCUAUUUUGGGUGCAAGGAUCACAGCCUGACCUGGCACCCUACAUGUUGCUGGCCCACAUUGAUGUGGUACCUGCCUCAGAGUCUGACGGCUGGGACGCACUACCAUUUUCUGCCAAAGAGGUUGAUGGCUUCAUCUAUGGUAGAGGGACCAUUGAUGACAAGAAAAGCAUAAUGGGAAUUCUCCAGGCUGUAGAGUACUUACUGAUACAAGGAUACGCACCACAGAGAGGAUUUUACAUUGGCCUUGGUCAUGAUGAAGGAGUGAGUGGCUUCAAUGGGGCACUGAAUAUAGUUCAAAUGUUAAAACAGCGUGGCGUUCAACUGUUGUUUGUCCUGGACGAAGGCCAAGCUAUACUGGAUGGAAUCAUCAAUGAUCUUGAUGGACUUGCUGCUCUCACUGGGGUCAGUGAGAAGGGCCAAGCCACAGUAAAGCUGAGUGUAUCUACAGAACCGUGCCACUCAUCUAUGCCUCCAAGCGAGACCAGCAUUGGUAUCUUGGCUGCAGCCAUCAAAAGUUUUGGAGAAGACUCUUUCACAUGGCACCGAAGUUUCUGGCAUAUGAAGACAGAUUUUGGCCAGUUUGUAAACCGUUGGAUAAACAGCUACCCUGGAGUGCCAGUAUUCUAA